AUGGUGACUUUUAGGCAGCUUGAGAUACUGUUUGGGUUCACAUAUGGAGAAGGAAAGUGGAACAUCAAGGAAAAUGAACUCCAAGGAGUGUGGGCUACAAUCGCUGAUGGAGUGUACUCUUCUUCAAGGUCUAAGGCUGCUCAAAUCAGGAGUCCUGUGCUGAGAUAUGUCCACAAGGCACUUGCCAACACCUUCUUUGCAAGGAAAGCCACUGGUACAAUCAAUGAAGGAGAAGUGAAGCUCCUUGACAUGGGAAUCAAGCCCAUCAUCUCACGCACAAGGAAUGGGAAGAAGAUCAGAGGAGACAGGGCACACGCAGGGAAUCUCAUGCCUCUCCUUGAGCAGCUCCAAGCUUACAAGGUCACGGCUUACAACACUAGGCACCAAAGAGGAAGAAAGCUUAGUGUUGGAGGGGUGAUCACACCAAUUCUUUGUGCAGCAGGAGUUCAAGUGGACAAGAGAAGGAGAGACAACACGCAGAGAAGGAGGAAGACUUCCAAGGCCAGACGCUCCAGCUCGACCACCGGACUCGAUCGAGUCCAAACAGAGGAAACUCAACUCGAUCGAGCUGAGGGUCGAGUUGACCUGGAGGAGCCCCUGUUUGAGAACCCUGGAUUCGAGUACGAUCCAACGCAGUACCAGGACUUCUCCAGACCACUGGACCCCUACAACAGCUUCGAGCAAGCCAGCUCCACCAAGGCCAAGGGAGCCACACACACUUUCGAUGAAGAAGAGGAGGAAGAGGAGCCACAAGCUCGAUCGAGUGAGGCAACCCAGUUGAGUGGAGUGCUCCUGAUGGCCGUCUCCCAUCUCCAGACCACGACCUAG